ACAGGCGUCUGGGUCCAUCCCUCGCAGCCCCCUCGCUCCUCCGCCCACCCCCUGCCUCCGGGCCGCUUCCCUUUACCCAAAAGCUCCGUCCGGGAUCCUGCCCUCGCCCCUCCCCCCAACUUCUGGCCGGCGCCCUGCCCGGUGGGCCGCCUCCUCUCCCUCCCUGCCUCCUGCACCAUCUUUUCCCUGGUCCUCUGUCCUGCCCCCCUUUGCCCAAGUCCCGGGUCGCCCGCCGGGUCCCGCCCCCCGGACCCGGGAUGUCCCCCGCAGCCCCGCGCCCAUGGUCCUGACGCUGCUCCUUUCCGCCUACAAGCUGUGCCGCUUCUUCACCAUGUCGGGCCCGCGGCCGGGCGCUGAGCGGCUAGCGGUGCCGGGGCCGGACGGGGGCGGCGGCGCGGGCCCGUGGUGGGCCGCGGGCGGCCGGGGGCCCCGCGAGGUGUCGCCCGGCGCGGCCGCUGAGGUGCAGGGCGCCCUGGAGCGCGCGAUGCCGGAGCUGCAGCAGGCGCUGUCCGCGCUGAAGCAGGCGGGGGGCGCGCGGGCCGUGGGCGCCGGCCUGGCCGAGGUCUUCCAGCUGGUGGAGGAGGCCUGGCUGCUGCCGGCCGUGGGCCGGGAGGUAGCCCAGGGUCUGUGCGAUGCCAUCCGCCUGGACGGCGGCCUGGACCUGCUGCUGCGACUGCUGCAGGCGCCGGAGCUGGAGACGCGCGUGCAGGCCGCCCGCCUGCUGGAGCAGAUCCUGGUGGCCGAGAACCGGGACCGCGUGGCACGCAUCGGGUUGGGCGUGAUCCUGAACUUGGCAAAAGAGCGCGAGCCGGUGGAGCUGGCGCGGAGCGUUGCAGGCAUCUUGGAGCACAUGUUCAAGCACUCGGAGGAGACGUGCCAGCGGCUGGUGUCGGCCGGAGGCCUGGACGCGGUGCUGUACUGGUGCCGCCGCACGGACCCCGCGCUGCUCCGCCACUGCGCGCUGGCGCUGGGCAACUGCGCGCUGCACGGGGGCCAGGCGGCGCAGCGGCGCAUGGUGGAGAAGCGCGCCGCAGAGUGGCUCUUCCCGCUCGCCUUCUCCAAAGAGGACGAGCUGCUGCGGCUGCACGCCUGCCUGGCGGUGGCGGUGCUGGCAACCAACAAGGAGGUGGAGCGCGAGGUGGAGCGCUCGGGCACGCUGGCGCUUGUGGAGCCGCUCGUGGCCUCCCUGGACCCCGGCCGCUUUGCUCGCUGCCUGGUGGAUGCCAGUGACACCAGGCAGGGCCGCGGGCCCGACGACCUGCAGCGCCUCGUGCCGCUACUCGACUCGUCCCGCAUGGAGGCGCAGUGCAUCGGGGCUUUCUAUCUCUGUGCUGAGGCUGCCAUCAAGAGCUUGCAGGGCAAGACCAAGGUAUUCAGCGACAUCGGAGCCAUCCAGAGCCUGAAACGCCUGGUUUCCUACUCCACCAAUGGCACCACGUCGGCGCUGGCCAAGCGCGCGCUGCGCCUGCUGGGCGAGGAGGUGCCGCGGCCCAUCCUGCCCUGCGUGGCCAGCUGGAAGGAGGCCGAGGUCCAGACGUGGCUCCAGCAGAUCGGCUUCUCCCACUACUGCGAGAGCUUCCGGGAGCAGCAGGUAGAUGGUGACCUGCUUCUGCGGCUCACGGAGGAGGAGCUCCAGACCGACCUGGGCAUGAAAUCAGGCAUCACCCGCAAAAGAUUCUUUAGGGAGCUCACGGAGCUCAAGACCUUCGCCAGCUACGCCACGUGCGACCGCAGCAACCUGGCUGACUGGCUGGGCAGCCUGGACCCGCGCUUCCGCCAGUAUACGUACGGCCUGGUCAGCUGCGGCCUGGACCGCUCCCUGCUGCACCGCGUGUCCGAGCAGCAGCUGCUGGAGGACUGCGGCAUCCGCCUGGGCGUGCACCGCGCCCGCAUCCUCUCGGCCGCCAGAGAAAUGCUACACUCUCCGCUGCCCUGCACUGGCUGUAAGCCCAGUGGGGACAUCCCAGAUGUCUUCAUCAGCUACCGCCGGAACUCGGGUUCCCAGCUGGCCAGCCUCCUAAAGGUACACCUGCAGCUGCACGGCUUCAGUGUCUUCAUUGAUGUGGAGAAGCUGGAAGCAGGCAAGUUCGAGGACAAACUCAUCCAGAGUGUCAUGGGUGCCCGCAACUUCGUGCUGGUACUGUCAGCUGGGGCACUGGACAAAUGCAAGCAGGACCAUGACUGCAAGGACUGGGUGCACAAGGAGAUUGUGACUGCUUUGAGCUGCGGCAAGAACAUUGUGCCGGUCAUCGAUGGCUUCGAGUGGCCAGAGCCCGAGGACCUGCCUGAGGACAUGCAGGCUGUGCUCACCUUCAACGGCAUCAAGUGGUCCCAUGAGUACCAGGAGGCCACAAUUGAGAAGAUCAUCCGCUUCCUGCAGGGCCGCUCCUCCCGGGACUCAUCUGCAGGCUCUGACACCAGUUUGGAGGGUGCUGUACUCAUGGGCCCAACUUAACCAGUCCUUGGUUCCCAAGGCCUGUUGUGACCCCCAUUUCCAUCGUCCUUCCCGAAGAAGCAGCUCCUCAAACUGGUCUCUCUCAACUGCAACAGCCUGGGCCCUUCUCAGAAAAUGGCUGUCACUCUGCCCCCACCCUCAUGGCCCACCUCAAACCCAGCCUCCUCGGUGUCUGGAAAGGGAAGGGAAGGCAGGCAUUGAGGGUGGUAAGGGCCAGACCUCCCUAGUCUCUGCCACCAGGUUCUCUAUCUCAGGUGUGGGAGAGACUCUGGAGGUUGAGACUACACACACUAUACCCACCUACCUCGUGCCCGCCCUGUCAGCAGCCAGCUUGGCUAGGGGGAAGGCAGGCAGCCUCUGACAAGAGUUAGGGCAAUGCCCACCCCCCUGGGCUAAGCAAAGGGCUGAGGCCUAGCAGCCAGCUGGAGGUGGGGGUUCAGUGAUGGCUCUCCACCUAGAUGGUGCCUGGCUUCUGGGAUCACCACUUCCUGCCACCCCGUGGCCUUGACCUAUAACCACUCACUGUCCUUAGCUGGUCUGGUCCCAAGUCCCCUCCCAGCCUUCCCGAGGUGCAGUCCUCUUACCACACCCGGGGUCAGGGUGGGGCUAAGCCAGCCCUCACUCUGGCUGGUCUGCAGCUGUGGUCAGCUUUGCUGCACUCACUGGUGCAAGGGAGCUGCCUGCUUGGGUCUGGGCCUGCUUGGGUCUCGCCAGGCAGCUAGCUACCCUACCCAUGCCUUGUUGCUGUGCCUCAGUCCCUGCUGGCCAGGCUCAGCUGGCUCCCCCAGCCAACCCCUCCCUACCCACCUGCUCAGGGGAUGGCCAGGAGAGGCAGCCCCUGCCUCGUGGCACAGCAGUCGGCUGGACAGCCUGUAGCAACACGGGAAGAGGCGGUACUCUGAAGAAGGGUGGGGGGCUCAUUGGAAUCCCCUGGGAAUUUUCCUAAAACUGCAUUCAGGAGACCUGGGCAGGGCCUAGGUUUCUGCAUUUCUCACAAAAUCCCAGGUGAGUGGAUGCAGAUGGUUAAGGAAUGACACUUCAACUAGCGAGGCUCUAAAACACAAAUCCCUCACAAAUCUUUGCCAUUUCCCCCGACAUCCCACACCAUAGUUUCUGCCAUCACCUGAGCAACCCAACCCAUAUUUUCUCCAUUUUACAGAGAAGGAACUGAAUGACAUGACAUUUCAGUAGAGUCAGCCCCAGGAUCCAGACCCGGCCUUCUGGUGCUCAGUCCACUGCCUGUCCUGAGAAUCCUCCUGGAGGCUGUGCCCUGGGCAGGGCUGUCACUCUACUGACAGCUCGCUUCUCCUCUGCCCCAAGGGUCUGGCAGUGGGGGACAGGUUUUCACACACAAAAUAGGCUGGCCCAAAAGCUAUGCAGAAGUAAAGCAAGAACAUCCCUCUGCCCCUUUCUCCACUAGGUGGGAGAGCAAGAAGGUCUCCUCCUUCCAGUAAACCCGGGCUUCAGCUAACAGGAUCAGCUGGAACCCUCCCUUACCUCCCCUCCUCACACCUCAGGCUGGCUCGGCUUUCAGAGCCACCCCCCACAAGUGCUAGCCAGGUCACUCGUAGCUCUUGAGCCACAUCAUCAGAGGAUCAGAGGUCUCACUCCAGGCUUGGGACUCCUUUUCUGCUCCCUAUCCUGCCGAAGAUACACUUUAGCCCAUCCUGGCCCCCGCCACUCUUGACCCUGCUUCCUUCAUGCCACAACAGUGCCCACCAGUGCCAGGCCCUGGAUGUGGUGGUGACUGAAGUGGCCUAGACACUGCCCUCAUAGAGCAGAGAAAGUAACAAUACAAUGGGAUGAGUACCCUCCAGGGGAAGCUUUCUCUUUGUCCCUGAUCAGUCUCACUCCCUCGUGAGGCGCCCCAGGCAGCAUUCUGGGAGGUUGCCAGGCCAUGUCUUCUGUUCAUACACCUUCUCUUGCUGCCCCUUCCUGCCUCUGGGGAAUCAGAGCCCAGCCUCCAACCUCACCAGAGCAGCCGAGGUGAUGGGGUGAUGGCCCUCACCUCAGCCGGGCCAGUGUGCCAUGACAGACUGCCCAGGUUAUAGCCAGGGCAGGCACCUUAACCAUCACCUUGCACCCAGGCCUGGCCCCACAGGGCUGGUCCUGAACCUGAGCUGAGAAACAGCCUUUCCCCACAAAGCCUGCUCAGACAUUGGUCUGCUGGGUCAGGGUUUUCUACUUGGCUGGGGUGUAGAUGCUGCUUCUAGUGAGGGCUGUCAGCUAGGUCCCUACCUACCUCACCUCGCCCAUCCCCCGGGACCAAGGACUGCUCAGGGAUACUCCGAGAUCAAGAAGUCCAGCUCCAACUCAUUCCUUCUCCCCUGCCCAGGAAGAGAGGCAUCUCAUUCUAAAAUGUAUGAGGUGAGAAGGGGCUCAGAACAUCAUCUAACCCAGUGUUUCCUAACUUGUCCACCUGUGACCAGACAAUUCAUGGGCGCUGUUUAUCUAGCCCUUCAUAGAAGGGCUUGCUCAAGGUCACAAGCAAGCCAGAGGCAGUGCCUAGAGUAUAGCCCAGGCCUGAGGCCAGCCCAGAAACUUUCCCUGACUCCUCACUGCCUCAUGCUGAGACAAGACAGUGGAAGGCCCUCUCCUUGCUUUGGUCUCCCAAUGACAGAGACAUUGACCCUGGUCUGCCCUGCACCACUCCAUUUCACUGGUGUGAUUUUCAGGGCAGGUGAGAGGAGGGUAGCCAGGAGCCGAACCCUGUUGGCCAAUUCAUGUUUGCAGUCAAGUGCCACCUGACUUGGGUCUCUGUGGGGGCUUACAGCCCUCAUCAAAGCAGGUGCCUAAAUACUGAUUCCAGUUCUUUUUUGUUUGUUUGUUUUUUUUUUGUUUUUCUGAUUCCAGUUCUGCCUUUCAGCUGGUGGGCCAGGCUUUCCCAACACCCUGGAGAAGGGCCCUUGAAUCAGUCAGGCCCAUCUCCAGGUUCCCAUUGACCUAAAGAUGCACAAAAGAUGGUCUCAGCACACAGCCCUGCCGAAAUAUGUGGCAAUUGGAGUGCUAGAGAGUUGAGUAGUAACAGACUGAUCCUGCUUGGGCUAGUGUAGCUGGGUAGACCAGUAAGGUGCCUUCGGGGAACGGAUCUCUGACUGACCCUCAGGAAUGGCCUCUGCCCUAAAUCUCUCCGCUGGCCAGAUGCCAGCCUGGCAACCCCACAGCACCACCCUCUCUCCUAGCCCAGUAGCUCAGAAGAGAAUGAGCAGUCAGAUGCCCAGCAUCAUCCCAUGGUAGUUCUGGGGGCUGCUGCCCAGCCCAGAAGCUUACUGCUAUCUGACCUAUAGUGGGCAGACUGGGAACAGGAAAGCAGGGGGCCCCAUAGCCCAAUGCCUCGGGGGCCAGAAGGUUCACUUCAGUGUGAUUAUAUGAAUUUAUUGUGAUUGGCACUGCUAAGCCCAGAGGAUGGAUUUCCCAGCCAGAGACAGCAGCACCUCUCUCCAGAGGGCACCCAGCCCCUCCCAUAGCCUUCCCCCCAGAACCAUAUCCAUCACUGAGGAGUGACUGGUGGCUGCACACCAGAAACAACCCUGUGAGCUGGGCAGUCUGGGUUGAAGCUAUCAACCCUUCUGCUUCAACUGGUCCCUGAGGUGCCCUUCCAACAGGACCUCUCCUCUCCCGUGAAGGGUUCUACGUGACUGAUGGUAUAAAGGGUAAAUGGACCCCUGUUUCACAAUGGCGCCCCCACUGUCUCCUGGAGUAGGACUGUCUGCAUUAUAAUUCUAGAUUAGAGUCUUAGGCUGGCACAGCUGUCUGGUUUGACCACUUUGUCCAAGGUAGACACUUGCCCUUGGAAAGGAGGUGCCCAUGCUGCUGCGGGUUGGGAUCCAGAUGUAUACUUUCAGAUGGUUAGUGUUCACUUUGUUCCCUUUGCCCUCUGUCCUCCAGGCCAGGCCGAUCAGGGGCUCUGAGGAAACUGCUGGAAUUCGGGAUGAGGAUUAGCCUUUUCCAGCACCCUGUGAAAGACCAGAAAAAGGGUUUGGAUUUGAUCUGGGGAGACAUCCUCAACUCUUAGAGAUGUGACACAGGCUUUACUGGGUGGGCUGGGACAGGUAUUCCCUCCCAAAGCUGAGAGGCGGAAGACAAGGCAAUGUCCAGACACAGAGGGCUCUGGAAAGAAACUCUGAAGGCUACGGGGGAGGAAGUCAGGCUAGCCUCUGGCCUAGCCAUAACUAGUAGGGGAAGCUCUCCCUGGCUUCCCUUUAGCAUAUUUCUGCCACCAGACUUCCAUGUGCAAAACAGGAAUAGAGGAGGGGAGCUAAGGGAGAGAACACAGCCUUGCCAGCAAACAAUGUUAGCCAGAGCCUUCCCCCGGCCCCUCUGCCUUGUCCUUGGGGAAUGGUUCCCAGAUGAUUAGGCAGCCGUCCCUCAAGGGCAGAAUCAGGGGGAAUGGUUCCAGGAAUGACUUGGGAGGAGAAGAAAGCAGAAAACUUUGGGAUAAAGGAUAUUAUAAGCAUGGGUCAGAGCCCUGCAUUACCCAAUCAGAAUGGCCGGGAUGAAGAGGAGGCCAGCUCCCAGGAGGAAGGGGAACCCCUUCAUGAAGUUCAAGGUGGCUGGGUAGAGUGAGUUGAAGAUGCCAGAAGCCAUCAGCAUGGCCAAGCUAUUGAUGCAGGCCACCGAAGAAAAAAGAGCACCUGUAAAGACAUAAACAUCACACUUUGGGGUCUGAAAGACCUAGACUCAAUCCCAGAACCCCUAGCUUGCAGCUGUGUUACCUGGGGCAAGUCACUUGGACUUGGAGUCUCACCUUCCUCAAUGAUAAAUCCUACAUCGUGUGUUGUGAUAAGGAUUCAAUGACGUCAUGCUUGGAAAGCAGUUGGCACAGAGGGGCUACAAAACUAAUGGCUGUUAUUAAAUCUGUGUAUUAAAAGUAUAUGUGAUAUCUUCUACCAAAAGCCCAGUAUAAUGGGUUUUGGUUUAUCCCUUUUUGGAAUCAUCUCCUUUCUGGGAUUAAUUAUAGGGUUAAUUCCCAUUAACUCAUUAUCCCAGAUAAUAAGUUCAAACACUUAUCUAUGUGAUCACUCAGUAAGUUGCUUAUCCUUCUGGGUUUCUAUCCCCCUUCUAUUAAACAAGGAUAAUACCUAUUUCAUAGAUUGAUAGCAAGAUUAAAUUCACAUGGAAAGCAUCCAUCGCAGGCCCUGGCCACCUGGAGGUAGUAAGGGCUGCUCUUUUCUCCUGUUCCCCUUGGCAUCUCUGGGUACAGUGAAAAUGCUAGACAAAAAGCUUACUGAGUGAAUGAAUGAAGGUACAUGGGUUCUGGGGGGCAAGGGAACGAACCCUUAGUUACAUAUAGCACCAGAUCCUCCUUCCAGGGCAGAUGGGGAAAAGUGGAUGAGCUAGAUAUUUCCAGACUAGGAUAUAAAAGACCCAAAGGUCCGAGAAGCUACUCCUUAGAGAUAUGCCAAUAGAACUCAAAUUUCGCAAAAUGAGCAACACCCCAAAAGAAGUUGAGUUUGAACUCUGUCAGAGCGUCAGAGCUAGACAGAGCUCUUGUCAAGAGCAAACCACUCGGGCAGCCCCGGUGGCGCAGCGGUUUAGUGCCACCUGCAUUGCAGGUGGUGUGAUCCUGGAGACCGGGGAUCGAGUCCCACGGUGUGAUCCUGGAGACCAGGGAUCGAGUCCCACGUCUGCUUCCUGCGUGGAGCCUGCUUCUCCCUCUGCCUCUUUCUGAAUAAAUAAAUACAUAAAUCUUAAAAAAAAAAAAAAAAAAAGCAAACCAUUCAUGUUACAGAGGAACAAACAGGUACAGAGACAGAAAGGGACCUACUCAAGAUCACACAGCCAGUGGGUGACACAGCCAGAACCCAAAACCAUAUCCCCAGACCUGCUGCUCUUAAAAACAGCUGGGUUUGCAUCCUAGCUCCACCACUUACUGAGUGACCUUGGGUGACCUGAUUUAACCUUCUGGGUCCCUGCUUCUUCAUUGGUCACUUUGGGACAAGAAAAUAUCUAAUGGUUGUUGCUUCCUCUGUGCUCUGCCACGAAACUGCCAUCACCACAUCUUUCUUACAGAUGGAAAAGCUGAGGUCCGGAGAGAGUAAAUCCCUGUGCUCAGGUUACCCAAAAGAACAAGUGUGCUCUGCUGACUGCAAAUUCCAACCCUGUGAUCUGAAAAUCCAAGGCACUACGGUCCUCUGCCAGCCCUUGGCAAUUUGACAGAAGUGCAUUGGUCUUGGCUACUAACUUCUCCAGGGUGGGAGGAAGGUAAACUGCCUCCCAACUCACAGCUGCCCUCUGCCCAGGUCAGGCAACACUGGGUAUGAAGAACCAGAUGGAGGCUGAUCCUGGCACUCACCCUGCUCUGACUUGCCCACCAGCUUGGAGAGCUUGGCCCGGAUGAUGGGUGUAGUGACUAAUGACAGGAACAGAAGCCCAUACCCUGCAGAGAAAGAAACAAGAAAAUGGAGUCAGGGGGAGGGAUGCCUGAGCACCCUACAUCGCAGAGCUCUUAUACAUAUAUACCCCAUGGGGGACUUAGGUCGGACACAGGAAGAACUUCCUUAUUGGUGAAGGAGUCCACCUUUCUCAAGGCUUGACCUACCUGCUACCUCUUUCAUGGAUGAAUGCUUAUUCCCCACCAAUUAUGUUCUUGUCAGAACAGCUCCCAUAGUCCCAGCAGGCAUCACCCACCCACCUUGCACGGAGAAGGUAGAUGGCCUGGCACAGAAAACAAGCAUGGGCUUUAGAGUCAGCCCGGAGUUCUAAACCUGACUCCGUUGCUUACUGUGUGGCCCUGGACAUGACUGCUGUCUGUAAAAGUAUAACAAAGCCUUCAUCACAGGAUGGUUCUGGGGUAUAGGAGACUGAAUAAUGGCCCUCCUAAGAUCAGGCCAUAAUCCCUGGAAUUUGUAAAUGUUCUUAUUUGGAAAAUGGAUCUUUGAAGAUGUGAUUAAGUUAAGGAUCUUGGGGGAAAAAAAAAAAAAAAAAAAAAA